AUGACCGAGUCCUCAACCGCCCCCCAUCGACCGGUCAAGACCUCCAAGGACGUACCUCCAGCGGCCCGGGCUGAGGGCCAUGAAGAAUCAAAAGAGCCUCCGACCACACAGGAUGCCGCGGAAGAUAUCCCACCAACAUGGUCUGUCGACGCCUAUGGCCAGACCUAUCCCGACGGUGGUCGGCGUGCGUGGUGGACUCUGUUCGGCUGCUUCUGCACAUUCUUCGCCUCGCUGGCUCUCAUGAAUUCGCUGGGCUCGUAUCAAGCUUGGCUUGCAUCUCACCAACUCAGCCACGAGUCACCUGAUAGAAUUGGCUGGAUCUUCGGCUUCUACAACUUCAUUGCCUUCUUCGCCGGCGUGCAGUUCGGGCCAUGGUUCGACGUUUAUGGGCCACGCCCUUUGAGUUUGGUGGGCAGUGUCGCCCUCCUGGCCAGCUAUUGCCUCAUGGGCCUGUGUGUCAAGUUCUGGCACUUCUUCCUGUGCAUCGGAAUCCUCGGCGGAUUGGCCACAAGUCUGCUCUUCACGUCUGCGAUCUGCACGGUGCAACAUUGGUUUUAUGCUCGAAGGGCCCUUGCCACCGGAAUGGCUGUCAGUGGCGGGAGUCUCGGAGGGAUCUUGUUUCCUUUGAUCCUCGAAGCCCUUUUCCCUCAGAUCGGAUUCGCCUGGACGACUCGAGCGAAAGCCUUGAUGCUCCUUCCCUUCGUGGCAGCAGGCUGCCUCCUCAUGGAAGCGCGAUUUUCCGCGGCGGUCACCCGUCGCAUUGUGUUCCCCGACCUCAACGUGCUUCUGAAUUGGCGUGUCGGGCUGAUGACUGCGGCCAUCUUCUUCAUGGAGUGGGGGCUCUUUGUCCCACUGGGUUAUAUCUCUUCCUACGCGCUCAAAGAGGGCAUCGAGUCUCGGUUGGCGUACAACAUGCUCACGUUCCUCAACGUCGGAUCUCUUCUGGGCAGAUGGGUGCCGGGGUACCUGGGCGACAAAGUCGGUCGGUUCAACACGCAAAUUAUGGCGGUGUCGCUCUGCAUCAUCUCAAUAUUGGCCAUGUGGUUGCUGGCCGGGCAUCGCACUGGCUUUCUCAUUGCCACCGCUGUCCUGUUCGGGUUUGGUAGCGGAAGCAACAUCAGCCUGACGCCCGUUUGCCUGGCCCAGCUCUGCCCGGUGGAGAGAUUUGGCACCUUCUACGCCGCCGCAUAUACUGUCUCCAGCUUCGGGGCGUUGACCGGCAUCCCCGUCGCCGGCGCCUUGAUCAGUGCCGCCAGGGGGGAAUAUUGGGGUCUCAUCACCUUUGCGGGUGUCACGUAUGCGGUGAGUUUGGUCUUGUUCAUCACCGUCAGGGUAUUGGAGGUAGGCUUGGAUCCGCGAAAGAAAUUUUAG